GGCGCUCAGCAUGGCGGGCUGGCAGCCAGUUUCUAACUUCUGUUCAUAUUCAAGUGACAGGAUCCGAGAACUAGCAAGACCAAAGAAGCCUAAAGCAGCUUGGGAGAACUAUAGUAGUAGGUUAGAAUGGGGAAAUCAGGAGACAAUUUGGCCGCUCUCCCUGAGUGCUUUGACGGCUCAGCCAACGCCAAGAAUUAUGUUUCUGGCCAAACCCAAGAAAAUUUUCAAUGGUGACCUUCAGCGCAGCUGUGGCCGGAUGUCAGAGAUCUGGCAGCGCCCACCGUUGAUGGAUUUAGCUUUACCGUCGCCUCGAAUAUUGAAGUUGGCAGAACCUAAAAAAUACCAAACAGCGUAUUUAAAACAAAGGCCUCGUAGUUCUCCGGAGUGGCCCAUGCCAACAGCUGCACUCACCUGUGAGGCUUCCCAGCGGGUUCUAGAACUUGCGCGUCCCAAAUCAGUGCAUCCAGGCUUCGUGCUAGACAGAAAGGUUGAAACACAAAUUACAGACACUGCGAGGAUGACUCUCACCCCUCCAAGAACACAACGUCUUGCCCAGCCGAAGAUUCAGAAGAAUACUUUGUGUUACGACCGGGGAAGUCCCGAGUCCAUGAUCCGUCCAGUAUCUAGGUCUGCCCAGCAAGCAGUAGCAAAUGUUCGGACACUAGAGUUGGCUAAAGCAAAAGCGGUGUCACCUGAGUAUCUGCCUGCCCGUGACACUGAACGGCCAGUGACAAAGGCAGCAAAGCACGCAGUGACUACACCUAGGAUUGAGGAACUGUCCCAGCCGUGCAAAAGGCCCACUGCGAACCUUGCUCAGUUUGAUCCAGAUGCCUUUUUAGUAAAGGAGUCUGCUAAGAAGGCAGUUUGCUCCAGCAGGCUUCAAAAACUAGCACGCCCUAUUGAGCGCUGAACCCCUUGGCUCUUAAGUUCAUUAAAUCCUUAGAAGAUUCAUGGCUGUCUCGUCUGCUGUCCCCAUCCCCAGUGUGUUUGAUUACAUGUUGUAGACCAGGGAUCUCAAACUCAAUUUACCUUAGGGCCAGUGCCAGUCCUCAAAUCCUCCCAGCGGGCCAAUGUCACUCACGCCACCCAGAACCCACCCCCCAAAAAC